AGCGGCGAGGCGGGAAGUGCCGCGCAGGCGCGUUUGGCCAGCUCGCUAGGUUGGGAGCUCUUGGAGGCGGCGACCCAGCCACCUGGGAGCCCUAGAAGUCGAACUCCCUUAAACCUGCUCUCCCUGCGGCCAUGACCCCCUAGCCGGCACCUUGGCAUCCCACUUGGUUGGUGAUGGAGGCGACAUUGGAGAUUCAGAUGGAGCAGCCAAUGGCCUUUUCUUCCUCCUGUGACCGGCUUCAGGCUGAUGGCUCGUUAAAAAAACGUGAGCAGAAUUUUAAACUGCCAGCUGUUAAAAAGGAUAUUGAGAAGCUUUAUGAAGCUGUUCCACAACUUGGCAAUGUGUUUAAGAUUAAGGACAAAAUUGGAGAAGGCACUUUCAGCUCUGUUUAUUUGGCCACAGCACAGUUACAAGUGGGACCUGAAGAAAAAAUUGCUCUGAAACACUUAAUUCCAACAAGUCAUCCUAUAAGAAUUGCUGCUGAACUUCAGUGUCUAACAGUGGCUGGGGGGCAAGACAACGUCAUGGGAGUUAAAUAUUGCUUUAGGAAAAAUGAUCAUGUAGUUAUUGCUAUGCCAUACCUAGAACAUGAGUCUUUUUUGGACAUUUUGAAUUCUCUUUCCUUUCAAGAAGUACGGGAAUACAUGUUUAAUCUGUUCAGAGCUUUGAAACGCAUUCACCAGUUUGGUAUUGUUCAUCGUGAUGUUAAGCCCAGCAAUUUUUUAUAUAAUAGACGCCUGAAAAAGUAUGCCUUGGUAGAUUUCGGUUUGGCCCAAGGAACUCAUGAUACAAAAAUAGAGCUUCUCAAAUUUGUCCAAUCUGAAACGCAGCAGGAAAGUUGCACCCAGAACAAAUCUCAUGUAAUCAUGGGAAACAAGAUUUCAUUGAGUGGCCCAGCACCUAAGGAACUGGAUCAGCGGUCUCCCACCAAAACAUCUAUCAAAAGACCCUGCACAAAUGCACAAAUUCAGAUUAAACAAGGAAAAGAUGGAAAGGAGGGAUCUGUAGGCCUUUCUGUCCAGCGCUCUGUUUUUGGAGAAAGAAAUUUCAAUAUACACAGCUCCAUUUCACAUGAGAGCCCUCCAGUGAAACUUAUAAAGCCAUCAAAGAGUGUGGAUGUAUUGUCAAGAAAGUUAGCAACAAAAAAGAAGACUAUUUCUACAAAAGUUAUGAACAGUGGGGUGAUGAGGAAAACUGCCAGUUCUUGUCCAACUAACCUGACCUGUGACUGCUAUGCAACAGAUAAAGUGUGCAGUAUUUGCCUUUCAAGGCGUCAACAAGUUGCACCUAGGGCAGGUACACCAGGAUUCAGAGCACCUGAGGUCUUGACCAAGUGCCCCAAUCAAACUACAGCAAUUGACAUGUGGUCUGCAGGUGUCAUAUUCCUUUCUUUGCUUAGUGGACGAUAUCCGUUUUAUAAAGCAAGUGAUGAUUUAACUGCUUUGGCUCAAAUUAUGACAAUUCGGGGAUCCAGGGAAACUAUCCAGGCUGCUAAAACUUUUGGCAAAUCAAUAUUAUGUAGCAAAGAAGUCCCAGCACAAGACUUGAGGAAACUCUGUGAGAGACUCAGGGGUACAGAUUCUAAUACUCCCAAAUUAACAAGUGAUACACAAGGGCCUGCUUCUCAUGACCAGAUUGUCUCAGAGAAGACUGACCAUAAAACUUCUUACCUCAUACAAACACCUCAAGCACAGCCCUCAGGGAAUUCAUUACAUGGAAAGGACAGUAAUGGCUGCGGAAGUCAUUUUGAUGAGUGUACAACCAAUUUAGAAGGCUGGGAUGAGGUUCCUGAUGAAGCUUAUGACCUGCUUGAUAAACUUCUAGAUCUAAAUCCAGCUUCAAGAAUUACAGCAGAAGCAGCUUUGUUGCAUCCAUUUUUUAAGGAUAUGAACUUGUGAUUAUGCAUCUUCAUUUACCAUUACUGUUGUGUAUUAGGUAAAGAUGAGUUCUUUGUAAAUAGCCCUAAAUCCUUGUUUACAAUCUUUGUUUACAGUCCAGGGCAGUAUGAAUAAUUUAUUUUAAAAUGUUAGUAUUUACUCUGGUGGCAGAUACAUAAAAUACAGAUUAAGAUUACUUAAAAUGCCUGGGAUAGUUCUUUGGACUAACAACAUGAUCUUUGAGUUAAAUCCACUCAAGUAGAAUCAUAGUUUUAGUUUCUCUAUUUAUUUUUCACUGCCAUUUACAGACAAAGGAGCAGUUUUAGCCUUGUACAAAGUAAUCCAAGGUGCAAGUCUGAAAGUUAAUAGACAUGACAGGGAUUUAAUGAUUCAAAACACAUAGUUAGUUUACUGAGUUAUAGUGAGUUAUGUGUACUUCGUAAAAUUUAACCUAGUGCUGGUGCUGUAAUCUGUAGGGAAAGAAAGUAAUUCCCUUUUCUAGAAGCAUAUAUUAAAUCUUUUAAAGACACUAAAAUACUGAGGAGAUGUUGGUCAUGGGGCAAAAUACCACUUAAAAUUGAAUUUUUCCAUUUUUCAAAAGUCAUAAAACAUUUUUGUGUGAAUUGUCAUAUUUUCUUUGCUUCUAACACAUUCUGAUUGGAAAUUGUAUGGUGCUACAACAAAGGUUCUGGGUGCUUUAUUAGAUUCAGUGUGUCUUUACAGCUGGCAAUUUAUAGUAAUGCUUAUACUGGAUAAGGGAAAGCUGUAGGGCAAAGGUGAAGAUUGAGAAUCCAAUAUGCCUUUAUUUUCCUCUUUGCUGUGUGUAUGUUUUGUCACAAUAUUUUAGGCAUCAUUAAGUAGCUCCCAAAAAAACAAAGCAAACACAGAAUUAAGUUUACUGGAGACUUUUUCUCUGUCUAGAGCUAUCUGUAAUGCUAGAUAGAUCCUGUUUGGACUAACUUGGUCUUGGCUCGGAGAAGAAUGAUUACUAGAGUCUUAGGUGUUACAGGAAGAGAGAGAAUGAAGUAAACAAAGUAGAAAAGGACCUAAGAUUAGGGGUUUCUGUAUUAUUUACAUUCUAAACAUACAUGUCAAGCAUAUCUUGUGGAAAAUAAAGUAGGGGAGGGAGUGGAUCUGCUGACAAGUUUCCCAUUUAGUAGUCUUAGAAUAUGGAAAUAGCUUAGAAACAUAGAUUCAUUUUGUUAUUUUGAGCAUUGAUGGGUCAGUAUGUCCACCUACUCUACUUGGGAAGUAAUAGUGUUUAUAUAAGCCAUUACUAUGGAUCUGCUGUCUUAAAAUUGUUUCUUUAAAAACUUGAAUGUUCUUGAAUUUAUAUGUUUAAUAAAGUUACCCUUUUAUAUUUUUUAUGUCAGACUAAUUUAAAAAGUGACCAUUAAGUGGCUGGUGGAGGUAUUUUCCUUUUGAGAUUGAUGAAUGCUUUCAUCAGCAAAUAGUAGAUAGUAGGUUAACAAAUAAUGACCUGGCUCAAGUAAUAUGAAAGAAAGUAGAUUUUUCUAUAGAGAUAAGUGUUCGUUGACUUAAUUUAUAGGAUAAUGUCACAAAUAGUAAAACAACCAUCUUAGUAACCAAAAUGAAGUCUUUAUUCUGCCAAAAUUUUUGACAAUCAAAUCUGAUGAAUUUAUUCUUAGAAAAGUUACCAAAAGGGCAAGAGACUUUGUCUAAGAGACUUUAAAAUCCACACUGUUGGCCGGCGCCGCGGCUCAGUAGGCUAAUCCUCCACCUUGUGGCGCCGGCACACCGGGUUCUAGUCCCGAUCGGGGCACCGAUCCUGUCCCGGUUGCCCCUCUUCCAGGCCAGCUCUCUGCUGUGGCCAGGGAAGGCAGUGGAGGAUGGCCCAAGUUCUUGGGCCCUGCAUCCCAUGGGAGACCAGGAGAAGCACCUGGCUCCUACCAUCGGAACAGCGUGGUGCGCCGGCCGCAGCGCACCUACUGCGGCAGCCAUUGGAGGGUGAACCAACGGCGAAAAAGGAAGACCUUUCUCUCUGUCUCCCUCUACUGUCCACUCUGCCUGUCAAAAAAUAAAAAUAAAUAAAAAUAAAAAAAUCCACACUGUUUUAAUUUUCUAUUAGGACAGAAUUUGGUUGUUCCAUAAAGGGGCUGGUAAAGUGAGCUAGUGUAUUAAAAAAUACCUGUGUUACAAAUGAGUUCUCUGAGAAUUUCAAUCCCAGAGUAAAAUGCAUCCCCACUGUUGGGCAAACAUUCCCAAAGUGCUGAAUAAAAAUAACAAGGAGCUUCCAUAUACACAUUCAUGAGGAUUUUAAACCUAAACGCUAUUUUAUAAUGGCAGAUACCUCCCUACAAGAUUUUAUCACGCAAAAUUAAGUUUCCUAGAGAAAUAUUAAGAGGGUGAUUAGUUUAAUGUCAUUGUUAGGAAGUGCCUGAGAUAUUCAGCUAUUUUUCACUUUGAACUUUUUAAAAUUCUUACUGCUCAGAUUCUUGAGAUAAACUAGUAAGGGUGUUUUCAUUUAAUAAACCAUGGGCAUUAAUAUAUCACAAGCUGCAAGUAUUAGUUUCUGAUAGAGGCCCCAGCUUUCUAGCAUUUUUAAUGAAACUUUUCCUUAAAAGGAGAUGAUUAUGGUUGUCUUAAUGACCUAAAUAAAGAUGUGACUCAAGAAUAAAAAC